AACAAUCAUCACAUGUUGAGAUUGCUGAUGACGUGUGAGAGGAAUAAUUCUGAAACGAAUACUAUUGAUGCUGCUCAUGACAUUGAAAUUGUGUUGAAACUGCAUGCGGCCGAUGAUAUGGAGCUUUCGGCAAUGUUACCGAGAAAAGCUCUUUGAUGCGCAUGAGUAUAACGAACGAAGCGGGUGGGAAAAAGGAGCUGGCACAGCACAUUGACGACCUAAAGAAAAUCAGUUUUCAGUUUCAUUCGUACACUCUACAAAGCUAUGCAAUCGAAAUCGAGAUCAAAAGUAUGUAAAAUUUAAGGGUGGCAGGAAGGAAAUUGGCUAAUCAAAAAAAGAAAAAACCAAUCAAAAACAUCCAUUGAAAGGAAAACAAAAAGUUUUUCCUCAAAAUUGAAACCGCAAACCGAUCAAACAAAAAAAAAGCAAAAAAUUGCCCAAAAAGUUUACGCUCGAAAAAGUUUUUCUUAAAUAUCCUUCAAAACUUUCAAGCUUUUGUGUUUUUAAGUUUGUGAUUUGUGUUUGUGUCGAAGAACUGUUUCUUACCGUGAGAGACGAGCCGGUCUUGAUAACACCGCCAUUGCCGGAAUGUUUGAACAUAAUUCUUCAGUGCAGCAUGAAGAACAAAAAAAAAAAAUGUUGACUCGACUCUGGGCAGGCUUGACGAGUGGAUUAAAGACCGAAGAUUUAGCAAGUCUGCAUGUAUGUCAGUGGCAAACACAUAAGAAAGUUCUUCUACUUUACUUGCUUUGGAGAUGGAUUUGCGCCAUUGUUUGUCUCGCGAUUAUCGUCUGUUCAUCAAUUGAUAUCGGACGUGAGAAAUCAGGCGAGAAGUUCGAAUAUCACUAUGAAAAAUGGUGGAUUUAUCUUACAAAUUGGACCGUUUUGUGCGGCGUCGUUCAGGCUUGGCUGGCAGCUUUGAUCUGUACGAAAGCUUUAAUGGACAAUAAUCGUGAUUUUGAGGUUGUGCUGCAAACAAAAGUUGGCCCCAUUCAGCAAUUAUAUUGGGUCACUUAUUCGAUUGCAACCGUUUACAGUUUCAUUGUAACCUUUUGUUAUUGGACAGCGGUCCACGACCCAGAAAUCCAUUCUUUUGAUCUGUUGAAUCUUAUGGUCCAUGCCCUGUUGGCAAUUUUAAUGCUUGGUGAUCUUGUGAUUGUCGGUCAUCCGGUACGAAUGGAUCCGGACUUGUAUUGUACGGCUGGUGUUGGAUUAGGAUAUUCGAUCUUCUCUCUUGUUUACUACUUGGCAGAUGGAACCGAUCGUAAACUUAAUCACGCGAUAUACCCGCUGUUAGAUUGGCAGAAGCCCGGAAAGACAAUCGUUGUCUGUGUCGGCGGCAUCUUUUUUGUCGUUGUCGUGCACAUUCUCGUUUGCUGCUUAUGCAAGAUUCGAUAUUUGAUUCACAAAAAGUUAUUUGUCAAGAAGACCAAAAAGUUAGAAACAUGCAAAGAGCACGCCCGUAUGUUGGGCGAACAGAAAGAUUUUACGAUCCCAUCGAUAUUGGAUCUUAAAUAAACUUUGUCAACACAAACUUUUCACAAUACUAAUUCGCCAAAAGGAUAAAGAAAUGUUUUCAAUUAGACAUAUUAAGUUAAAGUUAGAUGAUAUAUAAGAUAAGUUUUUCUGAUAUUUUUUUUAUUAUGUAAUCGAAUUUGGAACGGCGAAAAACGAAUAACUGAAUUGCUCAAAUUUUAUUGCUCCAUCGCAUGGUAAUAUUCAAGACUUCAAAAUAUCUUUUUUCUUUCUCCUACAAAAGCAAAAUGGUUGUUGUCAGAAUUCUGAAUGAAUAUUGUUAAGCUAUGCUUAGUUAUAUCAUCAUCCCUUCCAAUAUCUCUUAAAGAAAAGAAAAAAACAAGCAAAUGAAAGAUAUUGUCAGCUAAGUAUUUUUAAAGCUCAACUCAGAAUUAAUUAAAGGCGUUCUUUCAAGCACCACAGUGAAUUUCUAGUAACAUUUGCAGGCACAUUUUUUGGAAUCAAUAAAAAAAAAUUCACUUUUGAAUACUCAAAGCAUGAGUUCAAUAAACAAAAAGAAAUCUAAUAAUGAUGAAACAAUAAGAGUUGAUACUUAUGCGAAAAAAUAAAUAAUUUUACUUGAAUCGGAUUAUUCAAUUCAUUAGCAAUCUAGACACAAAGCAAAAAAAAAAGGUAAAAGUUAUUUCUUCUCGUAGCUCAUCUCGAGUUUUAUCGAUUCAUUGUACAACCAAACAAAUGAAGGGGAAAUCCCUUAAAGUUUGAAAAGCAAAGUAUAUUUGAUGUAAUCAAUUAAAACUUAAUACCUAGUACAUUUUACAGUGAUAAAACUGACCCUUAGAUUUUAUCUCGUAAGACUUUGAAAAUGAAAAAGAAAAUGUAACAAAAAAAGAUGAAAUAUGAUAUAGCAAUUAUCUAUUAUGAUGACAUAUUUUUGUUAAAUAAUAGAAAAUUUUAUGAGAAAUCGUUAUAACACUUGUAAGAGCUCGCGAUGGCUUUCAAAUAGAAAAAAAGGAAGGUCUGAAAAAGGAGUAAAAAAGAAUGUAUAAAGAGAAAUCAAAAUAAAUUGUGAGAAAAAUAUAAAUAAAUUAUGGAUCUUAUUUAUGAACACGAAACAACA